AAUGUAAAGUUUGGCAUUUUCAGGAAGAUGAUGAUAUAGAUCUAAAAAGUCGCUACGAAGCAAUGAAAGCAGGAUUUAGGUUCUAUACAGUCAAAGUAUUGAUAGACACAUCAUCUAGAGUAAAUUUUAUUAGAAGAAGCUUGGUCGAUAAGCUCGAAAUGGA